AGAAGUUUUGUUACCACUUUUAGUUUUAUUGGUUGGAUUUAAUUUGAAAGCAAUGUCAUAGACUCGAGAGUGUGCAUCACUGAAUUUAAGAUGGAUGGAGGAAACCUUGUCAUCGUGGAGGAAGAUUUCUCGGAGGACGAAGAACUUGAAGUUUUUGCGAUUAAAGAUAAAAAGUUCCAAAGCAAAGCGAGAUCAACCCUGCCUGAUAUCCUUAGUGUUGUCCAGACAGAGACCUACAGUUGUGGAGUUGUAGCAAAGACACGAAUACGAGCGCGAACGCAGUUUGGGCCGCUUGACGCACCUUUGGUAUCCGAACAAGUUUCAUCGUUUGUGUUGAAGCCAGGGCCAACAAGGUUAAAUGAAGUCAAUACAGCUGAUGAUAAAACGGAUCUUUAUUAUGAUACAAGGGAGGAGAAUUCUUGUAACUGGAUGUGCCUGGUUCGUGUUGCUCAAAACUCGGAUGAGCAAAACUUGGUGGCCCAACUAGUGAAGCAAGAUGUUUAUUUCACAACUAUUCGUAAAAUAGAAGCAAAGGAAGAACUCAAGGUGUGGUACGCCCCUAAAUACGCCAAGUUCCUCGGCAAGCCUCUCCUGCAACCAAACAUCAACCAACAUGAAGAUAACGAUGCAAGAAGUUUAAGAGGUCGUAAACUUCGCAAGUCGAUCCGCGCAUCUUUCAACGAUCCCAUAAGAGAUGAAGAAGAAGUGGAUGUAAGGAGCGUUCCUCCCAAGAAGAGGAACUGGGGGAGGACAAGUCGGCAGUUUGUUAAGAGCUCAGGUGUAUUAAACCACAUUGAAUCUGUGAGGAACAUAUCACAAGAAAGCAGAGAUAUUCAACCGACUCCCAUCAGCGAUCCAGCCAGCGCCCCCCCUGACGUGCUCGACACUGCCAUUGAGUUGAUAAUGGAGGUGGAAAAGACGAAAGUGAAAAACCGCCAUGUUUGUUAUUACUGCGGAAAGUCGUUUGGUCGCAAACAUACAUUGAAACUCCACCAAUCCUCCCAUUUCCCUCCUUCCUUCCUCUGCCAUACAUGUGGUCGACCAUUCAAAAGAAAGGAUAAGUUGCAUGAACAUUACAAACGCAUGCAUACUCCUGGGGUGGUUGCGAAAGUUAGAAAGAUAAAGCAAACUGGCAAAACUUUUCAACCGCAGAUCUCGCCCACCGACUACCAGAGGUUUCUUUACAAAUGCAUGCAUUGUAUGGUCGGCUUCCAACGCAGAGGAAUGCUGGUCAACCAUCUGCUGAAACGACAUCCAGAAGUCAAUGUUAAUGCUGUUCCAGAGUUACGCCUUCCAAUUAUGAAGAAAACAGUUGCUUAUGUUUGUCCUUAUUGUUCCAAAUCCUACCAAUCCAUAACCAAGAGGAAGGAUCACAUACUUAAGCAUCACCCCGGCCAACAAGUACCACCAGGUCUAAGGGAGGUUAGGAAGGCAAACUGUGCCGGGAAUAUAAUAGACCCUGCAAUAAAGAAGACGCCCACUGUUACAACUCAACCAGUCAAUUGCCCGUAUUGCCCCUCACAAUAUUCCGGCAGGGCGAAGAUGGUGAACCAUCUUACUGUGAAGCAUCCUGAUAAAGUGGGCGAUUAUGUCGGCAAGAAAAAGAAACCUUUCAACAAGAAAGUGGAUAAAGUUGACACGAUACCGACGUACCAACAUAAUGAUAAUGAGUUCAACAACCAACCUGAUGCGGAUAUACAUAACGUCAACUCAUACCUUGAGCAUGAUAUACUUGCGCAAGUUGACAGCACGAUGGCGCCAGAGAAUCAAUAUAUUGUUGGUCGACAAAUACAACCGCUCCAGCACAUGCCACGCCUCCCUGCCCCGCCCCCCCAACCUGAGUACCUUCCUUCCACCAUCAAUGUUACCAUGCCUACUGAUUAUGACAACCAAUACAUCACAAACACUGUUGAUGAUGUCACAAGCAACGUGACAACCGAUAUAUUGUCUGAGUUCGAGAAUGCAGUUGGAACCGAAAUUCAUGGAAACACGAACGAAAACUAUCGAGUGAUGAACAGCCAGUUGCCCCACCACCCCGCACAGCCACACAACACGCGUCAACUACCAAUGACUUACCAACGCGGACGGAAACAACUUUUACUGCAAGCCAUGAAUGAGGAGCGACAUAGAGAUAAUAUGAACAGACAAACAAGGAACUACCAUAACCAAUUGAUGAACCCACGUGAUAUUCAAACCGACCAAUCACACAGCAGUAUGAGCAUUCAAGUUGAUGACAUCACAAUGGACAUUAACAGAACAAACACAACCAAUUAUUUACACAACAAUCACCUUGAAAAUCAGCAUUCCACAACUUUAACGCAGCUCUCUACUCCCACCGAUGGCUGGAUUUGUCCUUCUUACGUCAUUAUACCCUCAGAUAAACAAAAACCAGAAACAUUAGAACACUAGCUGGUGCUAUUCUAUAUAGAGAAAUUUAAAUGAAUGAGAAUUUUUUAUCCGUUCGGUUACAAUAACAAAAAUCUUCCAAAAGCGAUAAACAGCAACAGUAUAUAUAUAUGGGACCUUUACGUUUAUGCCUCUUGUUCUUAUAUAAGGGCAGACUUGAUUCAGAUACCAAACCAAAGAAAUUUGUUGCAAACUUGGUUUAAAGUGUCUCGCAACUAUCAGAAUGAUGUUCCAGUAAACUUAAGUAUUUAUCGUGAUUCUGGAACAGCCUUAGAUGAGAUCCGUACUUAAAAGCCCAAUCCUAUUUAACUUGAUUCUAAUGUUUUACCCUUGUAAUGCUAUGCAUAUUGUGUGCGUUUGUGCUUAACUAAGCAAUACUUGCUGCUUCUAUAUAUAUUUAUACAAUGUUUAAACGUGUUUUGACUACAGAACUUUAUUUAUUGUUUUGUCAUUGACUCAUUAUUGCGUAACAAUCACAUCCGUGAUGUCACAUUUGAUAAAACAGUUCUAGAAUGAAA